GAUUACCAAGAGAUCAUGUAUGUAAGUAUUUGCAUCACUUUUAUGGCUUGCAGGUAGAGUUUACUAAUUUUAAAUGGAUGAAGCAUUGUCCUCAAGAGUUUCAGUCUUGUUCUUCCUCCUCUCCCACCUCCACUUAAAAAAGAAAAAAAAAAUUAGUCCUCUUGGACAUUUUCCCAUUAGUUUCCAUUUUCCCCUGAUACAGAAAACUUUGCAUUACUUCAUUGAUUACAGCUGCGAUCUUGGGAAAAAUGAAAACGCAGAAUAGCUAAUCGGUUGCAACAACUUCAGAGACAGGAAAGAAGGAAUUAAUUUAGAAAAACACCUUGUACCGAAGUUAAUCGGAGUUAAACCGAGUGUUCUCAAGACACUCUUAGAGAGCAGCCACUGACAUACUUGGUGCUUUCCCUAGUCAGAAAUUAGCUACAGAAGUACAGUUCAUCUUUUAUACCAAAAUUGCUGUAAUAACUUCUCUAGGUUACAACACCAUUUCUACUUUUGCAGCAUCUAAACUGUAGUAUUUGCUGCAUGCGUGCUGUAACUGUCAAAAAGAUUUUGUAAUCCUUUACUCGUUUUGAUAUUUAUCACUUUCUGUCACCCAAACCACAAAGCUUUCCAAUACAGACAGUAUAAACUGUAUGUUAAGAAGCAGAUUCUCAAGUACUUUCUUAGACUUCCUUUUCUAGGACUUGAGAAACUCCAGUAACUUCAAUAUCCCACAAGAUAAUUGGUGGAAAGAUCUUUUCUCAAGUAGUAACCGUAACAAAGCAGCUAAAUACAAACCAACCUUAAAAAAUGGCCACUAUUCCAAAAGAUACUUUAAAAAAAAAAAGGAAGAGAAAUAUACAUAUGAAAUCAACCAUUUCAUACAUAGUCAGAAACUGGCUUGUAUGUUUCUAUCUGAACUACAUUUUUAAGAUUUACUCUGAGGCUUUGUAUAGGCAACAUAAUUUCAGUAGACAGUUGGAUUUCAUCUUAACUCACAGAAAACUUCAUACCUAGUUUCUGGCUGUGGAAUUAUAGUGGCAUGUGGUAUCAGAACUAUGUCCAGACUGUGUUUCAGAGAACAGAGUAAUUUGCCAAAACUGUCUGUUUGCAGAGGAAUGCCUUACCUUGUAUCACUUCCCCCUCACAAAAAUAAGGAAACUUCAAGGAGAGAGCCCUUCAGUGUUUUACUGAAAUGUCAGCAUUUUGUUGAGAUAAGCCUCUUGAAUAAAAUUGCAUAGACAAUAUUGUAAACAUUUUCUGUACAAACUGUAAAAAAAAAAUUUAGAUCAUUUUGUAAUAUAUACAAUAUGUUUCAGCCCCCACAGAGAAGGUCCUCGCUGCAUUUUAUAAAUGGAAAACUAUUAAAAGUGAGCUAAGUAGAGAGUUCUGUCAGAAAAGCUAAAACUGUGUUUACUUUUGCUAGAUGCUUCUAAGUUGGGUCUUAAGAAAAAGAAAAGAAAAAGAAAGCGAAAUUGAGGAGAUACUUGAGCGAUUGCAUCAGAAACCAACACAAAAUGCAAAACAAACUCUCUUCUCACAAACACCACAUGAAUAGAAUGACAGAUGCAUUCAUCAGAAAGAAAUUGACGAACAGGAUGUUUGUCCCAUUUGUCAGGAGGAGUUACUAAAGAAAAUGCUUCCCAUCACUUAUUGCAGAUACAGCUGUGGUAACAAUGUACACAUAAAAUGCAUGAAAAUUUGGGCUGACCACCAAGAUGAAACUGAGAAAGAUUCUGUAGCGAAGUGCCCACUCUGCAGGGAAAAAUUUGCACCUCUAGAGCUCAUUCUAGAAGAAUUUAGAAACUCUAAUCAGCUUGUGACUGCAACAGAGAAAGCAAGACUGGAUAGGCACCUCGGAAUCCCUUGCAAUAACUGCAGAGUAUUUCCAAUUGUGGGCAAGUGCUACAAGACUACUUGUACCCCAAAGAACAUUGUGAAGUCUUUACCUUUUAUUUUAGUUAGCAAACAUAGUAAUUUACUUGCCCCAGGUAUUCAAUGUAGACUCUGUUUGAACAGCUUUAAUCUUGGUCAGUAUGUAAGACUCCUACCAUGUAAUCACAAGUUUCACAGGGAAUGUAUUGACAGUUGGCUACUAUACCGAAAAAACAAUCCUAUUGAUGAAUAUGUUGUAUACAAUCCUCUGACUUGGAAGGAUACACCAGCCAAACAGGAAAACUUCCCAACAGGUUCUCAUACAAGUGUUAGAGAACUUGUAAAACAAAGGAAACCGGAAAUGUGUCUCUCUGGAAGUCAAUUUUAUCUCAAGCAAGUAUCAUCUGAAUAUACGUCAGCAAGUUCUCAAAGUAGCUUCAAAAAACUUCCUAAUAACAGCGUGCCAGAGAUUCAAAAGGAUUUAAGAAGUUUUAGCGACCUCCAUCUAGGUGAUUCUGAUCAUAACAGCAGCAGAACUCUAUGCAAUUUUUCUAGGCACGGUAAGGAUAUUUCUCUAAGCUCUUGUGAGGCAGCAUUUUCUGCAAAGUCCAGCACCAUUAGGAAGGCUGACAUUCAUAAUGCUUUCAUAAUCCCACAUCGGUUUGAGUGCAGCAAAACAAGCAAAGCAUUUCCUAUUAGAAAAGAUGACUGUGAUAAUUCCACAAAUGAAAGAUACCCCAGGGAGCUGAAUUUGGAAAUCAAUUUGUGUGCAACAAGCCAUUCUUCAGAAAAAGGCAGUAAAGAUAUGGGAAACACCAGCCACCAACAGAGGCUCCUAACAAGGCGACUGCCUAAAGAUAAUCAUCUUAACUUUAAACAAACAAAAACAGAUUUAUUAUUGGAAGGAAUUCCACUGCAUGCCAGCUCACGAUUUUCUUGUUUUAAAUAACACAGCUAUAUUUUUACUUCUAUAAUCCAUACACAGGAUUUGUUAGAGACCAAGAUACGAGUUAAUAAGUGAAUAAUCCCAUGGCAUGAACUGUAGAUACUACAAAAACUAACUCACUGCUGUUCAGUACUGCAAGAAACUCACCUCAAACACAGGAACUCAUCUGGCUGGUGUAGACAUGUUUCAGAAAAUAGCUACAUACUUGUACAAUUGUCACCGUUUCUUAUUGGCAAGUUUUUAAACUUCAAUAAGUAAAUUACUCAAAAGAAAUGUAAAAUGCAGAGAGCUUUUAUAUUCUUAAAGACCAAUUAGAUCAAACUUCUUAUUUAGAGGUGUAAUAAAUGAAGCCAGACUGAUUUUAACAUUAUUGCUGAAAGAGUCAUAUCAAAUCUGCUGUUUUCAGUGUGCAAUAAUAAAAGCACGAUAGACAAGAACCUAUUUAUAGUGUCAGGUACAUUCUGUAAGAUCUGCUAUCGCUUACUGGUAAUUAAUUCCUCAAAAGAGGAGCUAAGCCUUGAAAUAGCAUACAUGAACCACAGCUAUUUUCAACUGUGUAUAGAUGGCCAAGCCAAAGAACUACCAAGUGUAACAAUUAUUUCCCAAAUGGCAAAAUAAUAAAUUUUAAUUUUAGUAAUUUCAGUUUUCUUUAAGGUCUAGGUUCCCAAUAAGCAUAAUGAAAAUUUACAUAUAUUGCAGGUAUUCAGGUUUAAAUAUAAACGCGUAUGGAAUAAGAAAUACUAAGUUUAAGUUAAUUACAGCUAACUUUUUUUUGGAAGCUUGUCCAGAUUUGAGAUUUGACUUUUUCUAAUUAUAUUUCCUUGUUCUUAAUAGAAAUCAAAACCAAUAGCAACUUAUUUAGAACAAACUUCAGUAUCAUCUACUCACACAGACUUUAAUUGAUAUUUAAAUGAGUAGUCUGUACAGUUUGAGUUCUGUGUGUUUUUGG